AUGUUGAGAUUGAGCGCUGCCGCUGGCCCCGCCGCCGCCGCCGCCGCAGCCGACGUCGUUGACCACCAUUUCCAUCAUCCCACCACAAUGGCCGCGGCGACGGCGGCGACCGCGGCGACGACUACCACUUCUCUCACACUCACCACCGGUGAGAACACUCCCGACGCCCAGUCAACCACAAUCAUCUCCGCGCCAGCAAUGUAGACUCGCUCGCAACCUCUCCUGAUUGCGAUCACUCCUUCACAUCCUGCAUCGGUCUAGCCGGUCACUUGCGAAUCCAUUGUAAAUAAACUAGCGAGCCAGUGCCUGUUGCGUAAACAUAUGUCCAUUGCCCUCGUAUUAAAUGCCUGAACUGUCGGCGCAUAUCCAGUCACCGCAGGAGCCUACUCGGCUACAUGCACAUCCAUUAAAAAUUGCGGUACAACACCCCCAGUUAAACAACAUACACCUCUCCCCAUUUGCACAUACUUCACACGCGAACCCGUCCUAACAUCACUCACAAAAAACACGGAAUCGGUACCUCUCAGGUAAGCGGGAGGUGUGUUGUUCAGUGUCCUUCUUCAAUGCGCUGAUGGAUCUUGUCCCAUACAUUAACGUUUUCCUCACCAAUGCUCUCUCACCGUUUUCCUCCCCUCUCUCUUUCUCUCCCUCACACGCAUAUUCACAUGCCAAUUUAUUGGGUCUCAACUUUUUUUCCGAUCCCUCCUCUCGUUUGCUGUGCAUUGCUUACCUGAACUUUUCGUCUAUGAGAACAAAUUGGCCAGCCAGUCGACGGCUAGAUUUCGACUUGGCACAUCUAAAUGGGCACUGAGCUUCUCUUAUCUGGUGGUCUUGAGAAGACUUCAAUUAAUAACGGCUAGAACAAUUUUUGUUACGAGACGAUAUGGGGAUAAGGGGACACGCAUAUGACUAGAUGCCACCUUACGGUUAACAUAUGUUUUCAAUUGUUCCCUGACAGAGAAAAUACGAAAAAAUCAAAAUAGAAAGAACGAGCGGCCACCGGAAUAUAUCAACGCGUGUUAGUUACGCAUGUAAUUGAAUGAAAAAAGAGCUGCUUACAAUUUUUGAAAAAAUCUCAGUAAGGAAAAAUUGUGGUCGCGACCCUGGAAAGUGUUAAGAUUUUGCGGUAAUCUGCGUUAUCGGUUUUGGUUAGGGUUAGGUGACCCUAACGCUGACUUGCUCCGUUAUCCUGACAUCAACCUUAGCGUUAACUUAUUUAGAGCUCAAUAAAUCGUUUUCCACUGGCGUGUUGCAAACCCUGCGUCUCGCAGCAUGUAGUUCUAAAUUGCGCAAUAAGCGCUCAGAUAUUCUUUACUAUCAAUAGUAGGAAAAAUACGAUUCUUGGGUGGCAUGUAAAAUGAUAAUGAGGCUUUCACCUGGAUAGGUUUAUUUAGUAUCUGAAGUUUCAAGCAGUGAUUUCGCCUGCUCAUCUUCCGAUACCGAUAAGUCCAGCACAUAGCUCUCAUUGUAUGGCUCAAUUUGCUUGCUGGGUAGGUCGGCCUUCGCACAACUGACGCAAAUCCGACCACUUUUAUUGCUUCUUCCGAACCAGUCCACACCAGACGGGCGCCAGAGACGAAAAGCAGGAGCCCCUUGGAUAUUAAGUCCCCUCGUUGCUCAUGUCGUGCCGAAACAUCCCUUCAUUUUCUAAGAGAGGAACAAAAAACGCUAAGAGAGUUGAAAACUGACACCAAAAUAGUUACUCCGCCUGCUGACUAAGGCCAGUCAACCACUGUCCUCGACUUGGUGAACUGCCGAAACAAAGUCCGGGCACUCUUCAACGAUCGGCAGUCCUAAAAAUUCCCCGACGCCGCUAGCUUAAAGUCAUUGAUGACGAAGGUGAAGAGAACUCUGAUUCGACAGUUAUGGUUGUUGGCGACGAUCAUCAGCCUCAACUAAGCAUUGAAGGCCACGACAUACAUGUGUUAGGUGCUAUUAGGGAUUUGAGUAAAUCCUGUUUAAAGAGUCUUACUCUUUCAGAACAUUGCGUCCUGACUGUCUCCAAAGCACGCAGAACUACCUUAUUUGUCCUAUGGACUUUCAGAACUGGCGAUAUUAGAGUCCACCUCUACAAAAUGAACUUUAGGCCUGGUAUGGAAUACUGUCCGUUUUUAUUUAGGCUCGUGCGUGCUGGCGAUUAAAAGAGUUUAAAAUUAGUUCAACAUCUUUUUACCAAAAGAAUUCUAACUUCAGAACACCCGAAUAUGACAUGUCAAGAACGUUAUGCACUCAUAAGCCUUGAUGGCUUCUGGCUUCACAGAUUAUAAAGGAGACUCUUUUCAUUGUUUAGGCUGUUGAGCUUCCGUGUUUUUGAUUACCUAACUACUUCAAAGUAUGUCGACCACCCUAGACGCAACAGUCACGUCGAAGUCCUUUUAUUUAUUCCUCUGAUACAGUCAAAUACUGUCAGAUCUUUCCUAUUAUCCCAAUUUCAAUCUGGGAAGAAUUGCCUAGGAACAUGAAAAUUCUGCAAAGUAUUCCUUGUCUAAACGAACUACCACCAACUUUCUGCAUUCAGAACAAAUUCCUCAAUUUCUGGAUGCUAGAUCCAGCGAAUUCAUCUUUCGCAGUGAUAGAGUUCGUGGUCUUUUAUGCCUUUGCCUGAUCUUAUUUCGAGGGGGAUGGUGCCGGCUCUGCACCCCGCCUCCCAGCGAGUAAAUUAUUCCUCUGGCGGUGAGCAAAUGCUCACUCAUGCACCCUUUACUGCACAAAGUCCCUACUUCACGACAAAAAGUAGGACCAUGAAGCCCCACUAUACUCGUACCAACUAUUUUCGUUCUUGACUGCCGUCAUUUGACGGGCUGUAGUUUAUCUCUCAUAGAUAAUCCAACUUACUCAAAACAAGGCUAAACGUACAGGAGUUGUUUUCUCACAGUUUGCUCCAUUCACAACGCAUAUAUUUUGCAGAUGUCUGUAAAAUGAUAUUUGAUGUGAUAAAAAUUAUUAUUAGCAGAAGAGAGAUAAGGUCAUCGCCAUACGACCUUUCGGUAAUACACAAACCAGAUUUCCAACUUCCGGCUAAUCGCCACCUUCCGAGACACUUCCGCAUACGGGUUCCCAAACUGGCUACUCCAAAAGACGAGGUUCCUAACGGCUGCCUCACAAGUAGAGGGGCACUCAGCAGAGCAAUUCAUCAACAGAGCAAAGGCGGCUACAAUCGAACCGCAUGAGGGGAUGGUGUUAUUUGAUGUCAAUCUACUCUUCUCGUGCAUGCAGCAGACCCUCUAGAUCGGAACACUCAGUGAAAUGCUACGUCAAACUUACCAUGAGAACGAUGACCAGCCAACAGCUCAGGAUCUCACAGAACUUUAGGAGCACCGUCUCAAGGCAUUAUAAACCUCAAAAGGAAUCGCAUAUGAGCAAAUGAAGGGCGCUCCGAUGGGUUCACCACGUUCCGGGCUCGUAACCAAGGCGGUUCUCCGAAAACUCGAGAGGCAGCUGGUUGAAGAGACAACCUCAAGUUUCGAACACGCUACGUCGAUGACACCUUCGUCUUCAUUGGUCAAACAGGAUUAACUACCAUAAGGAACGAUCGACCUCGGUCAUCCUCCGUCUACAGUUCACGACUGAGCAGAAAGUGAAGAACAGAUUUCCGGCUGGAUCUUAUUUUGCAGUCGUACCUGCAGUAGACAAGCCCCAGUCUAACCCCUAACCAUAACCCCAAUCCCAAAUUCCAACCCCUAACCCCAAACCCCAAACCCUAACCCCUAACCCUAACCCAUAACCUCUAACCCGUAACAGGUACGGCUACGAAAUAUGAUCUUGCCAGAUUUCCAUUCCUGGAUGUUCUCCUCUGCUGUCAACCGGACGGCAAACUGGCGACCAGAGUCUUCAGAAAACCAACGAACACGCUGCAAGUGCUCGGUUACAACGGCAACUCCCAUGCUGCAACACAAACGAAUCUGUGUACGCUCGCUAUAGCUGCGGGCGGAAAGUAAUUGCAGCACGUUAGCUGCUAAACGGGACGAGAUUAAGUUCCUUCGGGAACUCUUAAAUGUCAACGCCUAUCCUCAAGCAUUCGCGGAGAGAAUUCGAGUACCAGAAGGGAAGCAGAAUGAGGAAUGUAGCCAACCGAAAUCAUGGUGGACAUUCCGCAUAUGAAGCGGGUCUUCGAGUCCGUGGCUAGAUCCAACGGGCCACUCGGAAUAAAAAAUGCACACAGAGCUGACUCAACAAACCGGCGGAAAGUUGUGCGACCAAAAUUCCUUAUCAGUAACCGGAAGCAAUCGGCCGUUUUCUACUAACAGCAGUGCAGUUUCGGGGGGUGCAGCUAUGUUUGAGAAGCCGGCCGAAGACUGCAAACGCGAGUUCAUAAACAUCAUUUGGCUGUGUGCAGACUGGGCCCAAAGUCAGAGGCAGUAACCCAUGUCGCACGGGUGGGGCACAUCUUCAAUUUUGAAGGCGUCGCGAUUGUGGGUCGAGGCAAUGGUCACACAUCAAGUUGGGUGCAAGAAGUCUGGAUGUUCACCAACUGUUCAUUCAGUCGCCAUAUUAAUUCGCCUCCCUCUCUAUCUAAUUCUACGAAGUCGCUAGAAAGGAGACUGACGAUAUGAGCAAUCCUGGCCGCCAAUUAUCGCGGCUGUCAACGAGGGCGGAGGUGACACAGAUCAUUGUGGAAUGGCGGUCCGAUUCAGGCCCACAAUCAGCACUGGCGACCUGCGUAACAAGCAAAAUGAGCUAUUUAAUCAGAACUGUGCACAAAAAUUACCAGUCUCUGUAGAUGAGUAGGUCAAGUCAUUACUCGGAAAGUCGGAUCUCAAAAAAUCUCUCCGGUUGAACGCAUCUUUUUUCUUUUAAUAGUUUACUAUCGCAGCAAAAUAAGUGGCAAACUCACACUGUUUGUUCUAGGGGCUGACUGUGUCUUUCCACAAUGGGAUGGUUGCAUUGGCGCGCCCACCGCCAGAUCUCGGCAGCAAGGAAAUACAAGCAGUGAUCACUGACUACUUCGUACCCGUCUGGGCAGCGUUUCCUUAAGUGUCCUUUAUAAAAUUCCCCGCAGAGGGGGAUACGACUAACUGAAUAAGUGGCACUUGCAUGAAAUUUUCAUUGUUACACGUCUCUAUAUUGUUUCUCCUUUACAGCUACUGUUCCAAGUUCUACAACUCCGGUCCUCGCUAAAUUACCAUUGCUGCUGACCUAUUAGCUAGCCAAGAAGGGGAAGAUGUGAAAACAAACGAUUCGAACGAAAAUUUAGUCACCUAAAAGCGUACACUUAGGCCUUUACUCAAGAAUCGUGAGCAUAAAAUUAGAUUACUAAAAAUGCUGGCAACAGCAUCGCACUAUUUAAUUUAAUUGUAUUAAUACGACUAGAAUAACCCGGCUAAAUAGUUCAUACUAUUUUCGAUGUCCACUCCAAAUUAUUUAAAAGUAAUUGAUUAGGUUGCCUGACAUGGAGACUUUCACUGUGAUCCGAAGGUCUUGUAAAGGGUCAAAAUGAGCGAGUAUUCGGUUUCGAAUUUUCGACCUCCGAGCGAUUUGCCUUUUCCGGGAUUUCUGCCUACUGGACGCAUCGCGGGCCCAUUUGGAUUAAGAAAUUGAAGCUUAAUCAGCAAUUCCUCUAACGAUCCACACGGAACUCCGACAGAACUUUCUUUGGAACGACCACACGCCUUCGUAUCCCUAAUAGCAAGGAAAGCCGAUUCUUAAUUAGAGCCUCGGCACUCAAUCGUAUCUGAAAAUUGAUUGGUUCCCAGGACCCCCGGCCGUCGCGUCGCCAAGGGCGCAAAAGAAUGCGUGCAUGCUUAUUGGCAAAUCGAUCGGCCGUGUCGUAUGCGUUGGCGCGACGGCUGGGACACGCCACCUUAUGCUCUCCCACGCCUCUGCACGCGAACUGUUGCUGCUCUGACCGCGUUUACUACUUGACGCGUUUUAUAACCCUUUCUGUUCCUUUUCUCGUUCUUUUUCUUGUAAAUGUCGAUGAAAAUAUCAAAGAGGACAUUAAGGAGACGUAUUGAUGCUGCUGUUAAGAAGCAAUUUCAGCAAAUUGCGGAGAAUAUACGAGAAAUGUAUCCGUCCGACUCAGUAUCAACAUCCCUGGGUUUUUUUUGUCGUCGUACAGCUCAUCCAGUGCAACAGAUUCUUCCUCUGCUGCAGAGGAAACGGGUUUUCCCAAAACGCUAGUGAACACGGAGCCCGACGAAGCUACAGCUGUAGAGUCCAUAGCAACCCUGUCAACUGAUUCCCCUGUUGAAGAGACAAGCGUAAGAGAUGCUCUUCAGUCGUGGGCGGUACAGUCACACAUACCUCUCGUACAUCUGACUAGUCUUCUGAAGAUUAUCAGAAGGCUGUCGCCGGAUCUGCCCUCGGACGCGCGAACACUGCUGGGUGUGCCAGGCAAUUCCGUAACGCUGACGGCAAUGGGCAGUGGUGAGUACGUCCAUUUACAAAUAAACUGACAGACACCGAUUUUCGGCAGCAGAUGGUAAGUUUCUUAUGACCUACUGAUUUCUCGGAUAGGUUAGCCACUUAGCUAGUUUUGGAGGGCGGACAUUGAGCGCAUUCGUCGACCGCGUUUUCAGCGCCCUAUUUGAAGAUGAAAUAACACAUCAUUUGAUGUUUUACGGUCGACAACACGGGAAGAGCGCAUUCUUCGGCUCCCCAGCCUACUCACUCGUCCUAGGUAUUAAAACAUAAUUUCCCCAUUUACCAACCGGCUACAUAGAUGUGUUCAAUAGGUGGAAUGCCGAUCACCCUUCAGAUCGGCAUGAUUUAGAGAAAUGCUUUCGUCUAAUGUUGAGAAGGGCCUAUGAUCGGCUACAAAAGAGGACGAAUAAGCUAUCUACGUCACGCCCACUGGACGGUUAGUUACCCUUUCAUAAUCAGACCUCAUGCAUCUAUUAUUUACUUUGACCCAAAUUAACUUGAGUGCACUUUUUUAGACACUGCCGAGGAUGACGAAGAUACUCCUCGUCCGGGACCGUCAGGCUCUUCGUCACAGCCUUAGAACGGUCUGUUAUGACCGAUUGAUACAAGAAAUUAAUACUUUUGCAAAAGAUGGAAAAAAUUCAGGGAAACUGCAUCAUCAGCGCAUUUCGAAGAAUUUCGUCGUCAACGAAAUGCCGUCCAAAAGUGUAUCCGUCAGGCACGGAAGGAGUAUGAAUCCAAAAUUAUACGACAGGCUGAACAGAAACCUAAGAUUUUAUUUCACUAUCUUAACAGUAGACUGAAAAAUAAGGACCCGGUCGCGGUGCUGAAGGAUGGUAAUGGUGUAGAGAUCACUGAGAACAGCGAGAAAGCCGAACACUUAGGACAGUAUUUUGCCUCGGUUUUUACUAGAGAAACAGAGUUUCGCAGUCGCAGUGCUAACAAUGCUGUUGAGACUGCUGAUCGCGUGCUUGACUCCAUACUGUUCCCGAUAGCUGUCGUGGAAAGGGAGCUGAAAAAUCUCAAGGAAGCAAAGUCCUCGGGUCCGGACAAUAUACCGGCCAAAUUCUUGAAGGAACUGGCGAAUGAACUUUCCAAACCACUGGCGCACAUCUUCCGCUCGUCAUUCGAAUUAGGGAGGUUGCCAUCGGAAUGGAAGACAGCAAAUAUCUUUCCGAUAUACAAGGGCGGGGCUCGCACUAAUGCUAACAAUUACCGGCCUGUUAGUCUAACCUGCAUCUGCUGUAAAAUAAUGGAGGCCAUAGUUAAGAAAGCAACUAUGGAGUUCAUGGAGCAGGGCCAUUUAAUCUCAGACCUGCAGCACGGCUUCAGACAGAACCGCUCGUGUCUUUCCAGUUUAUUGCUCUCGACGGAGCAGUGGACUCGCGCACUGGACGAGGAUGGGAGGGUUGAUGUCAUGUACACAGACUUUAAGAAGGCGUUCGACAGCGUCCCACACAAACGCCUAAUCUACAAACUUUCUGAAAUGGGGAUAAGAGGAACGCUGCUGACAUGGAUAACAGAUUUUCUUACCGGGAGAUCGCAAACCGUGUGCAUUGAGGCCUCAAGGUCAACUCCUACUCCCGUUCUAGGUGGUGUACCCCAGGGCUCCGUCUUAGGGCCGUUGCUAUUCCUGGUUUACAUUAACGACUGCGUCGACGACCUGGGAUGCAGCGCCAUCAUGUUUGCUGACGAUGUUAAGCUGUGGAGAUCCAUCAGAUCUGCUGCAGACAGGUACGCGCUUCAAGACAGUCUCAACCGCCUGAACAGUUGGUCAGCUCGCUGGCUCCUCAAUUUUAAUGUGGACAAAUGUGUGGUCCUGAGACUCCGCACCAGACGGACCAGUAAGGAGGACGAUUCCUUUCAAUACGUCCUUGGUGGUCAGCCCCUUUCAAAUGUUGUGGAACAGAAAGACCUGGGCUUCCUAAUGACCUCCUCGCUGAAACCAUCUUCACAGUGUCAAAGGGCGGCCAAAAGUGCGAUAAGGGUGUUAUUUGCGCUGAGGCGAGGAUUUGUGCAGAUCGACAAGGAGCUGUUCGGAAAAACCUAUGGGGCAUUCGUCCGGUCUCACUUAGAGUAUGCAGUCCAGGCCUGGCGACCGUGGUUGAAGAAAGAUUAUCAACGACUGGAAAGAGUACAGACGAUGGCUACGAAGAUGGUCAAGAAUCUUCAUCAUUUGCCUUACGAAACCAGGCUGACCGAACUAAAUCUGUUUCCUCUAAAUUACAGGCAACUGCGCGGCGAUCUCAUUCAAACCUACAGGAUUGUCAGAAGCCGUGAGUGUGCCCUAGACUUUGAUGAAUUCUUUGAAAUGGCCCGGACUGAGCGUCUGCGUGGUCAUCUUUUCAAACUGCAAAGGAAGCGGGCUCAUUCGGACGUCCGACAGAACGCCUUCUCUCACAGGGUCAUCGGGGCAUGGAAUGGACGCCCUGAUGCCGUCGUUCUUUCCGAAAGUGCCAAAUCCUUUAAGUUCAGACUAGACGCUCAUUUGUUGAGAACCUACUGUAAUAUAAUAAUGAUUGAUUUAGCGGCAGCGGUUUGCGCCUAG